UCCGCGUCCAAUCGGCUGCCGGGAAGGCCAGGCUGGCGAGCGGCGAUUGGCCGCUUUGGAAACGAGGCGGCGGUUUGAAAUCUUUUAACGGCGGCGGGCCGUGAGGUAAACUACAAGGAUCCUUUCGGAUGCCCGCUAGUGAGGUUUUUACUUCAGAAGAAUUGGGCACAGCCUGUGCCAGCCGAGGAAGAGAUUAAAAUGUCUCAGGAAACGUAUUCUUAUGAUGUUCCCGAUAUGGGCCUUGACUUCAGAGAUAUGAAUGAUGACCAGUCCAUUAACAUUGAUGCCUGGUUUGAUGACAAGGAGAAUGGGAAUCAAGAGGUGGAGCUGGCCAACGAAGGCCCAGCCAACGUGGUUCGUUCGAUGGAGGAGUGGCACUCAACCAGGCAAGAGAACGCACCACCUCCCGGACGGGUGGCCAAGAAGCUUUCGGCCCGGCGAAAGAGUGCCCAGCGUCGGAUUAUGGCCAAAAGCCACGCACAGAAGGUUGCCACCACCUUGGCCAAAAAGCAGGAACCCCCUCCUUUAAAGAAGCAGAAAAUGUCUAACCAUCGGGACAACUUGGGGGAAAUUGAUCUGAACCAAAACGUCUCGCCAGAGAACCCACAAGACCCCGUCACACCCGAUGCACACAAGCCGAGAGGUCCCUCCACUAAGGGGAAGUCGACAGAGGAGCUGGAGCUGGAGAAGAUGCAGCAAUUGCAACAGGAGGUGGUGGAACUGCGGAGGAAGAAUGAGGAGUCCCUCAAAGCAGCCAUUGCUGGGCCAGGGCAACCCGUGAAGACAAGCAGCCACAUUACCAAGCCCAUGGAUUUCCACUUCUGCACCGACGAGCGGCUCAAGCAGCACGGCGAAAGCCAGCCGGCCGCUGAAUAUAAGGAGGUGGAUUUCAUAGGCGCCCUAAGAAAACACCCCCCGUCUCCGUCCCGGCUGAGCAAAGGACCCACAAUCCCGAAGCCGUUCAACCUCUCCUGCGGGAACAAACGCAAACUGGACGAAGCCCCCGCCAAAUACAUCCCGCUGGCCCAGCAGGUGGAAAACUUUCAGAAACGCACCCCUCAGAGAUAUCAUCUGCGGAGCCGGAAGGAGGACGAAGGUCCAAGCAGGCCUUUAAAACCCCGACUGACCAACCCCAGAACUCCCCACCUGGAAACCAAGAGCCGUUUGAGACCCACCAGCUGCAAGAGCACAGCCGAGCUGGAAGAAGAGGAAAUUGCCAAGCUCCAGCAGUACCGGUUCAAAGCGCAGGAACUCAACCACCGCAUCUUGGAGGGCGGCCCCCUCCUGCCCAAGAGGCCCCAGGCGAAAGAGCUGACCAAGCCCAUCGGCUUCAACCUGGAGAUCGAGAAGCGGAUCCAGGAGCGGGAGACCAAGAAGGUUCCGGAAGAGGAGCACUUCGAGUUCCAUUCCAGGCCCUGUCCUACCCGGAUCUUGGAAGAUGUGGUGGGUGUUCCGGAGAAGAAGCAGCUGCCCAUCACAGUGCCCAAGUCCCCAGCGUUUGCUUUGAAAAACAAAGUGGGAGACCUGUUUAAAGAGCAGAAAGAAAAGGUGGAGGAAGUGGCCCAUGUGAUAAAAGCGAAGCCGAUGCCCCACCCAGGGGUGCCCUUCAAACCCAAACCUGCAGAGCCGAGGCUGGUGGAAAGCUGCCCGUUCUCUUUUGACGCCCGGGACAAGGAGCGGCUGCUUCAGAAAGAGAAGAAAAUUGAAGAGCUGCAGAAGGAGGAGGCGCCCAAGUUCAAAGCUCACCCCCUGCCACAGUUUGACCACAUCAACCUGCCCGAGAAGAAGGUGAAGAGUGUCACGAAGCCGGAGCCCUUCCAACUGGCCAUCGAUGCCCGUGGAGCCGUCCGGCAGGAGAUGUGGCAGAAGCAGCUGAAGGAGGAGAUGAGGCGUCAGAAAGAAGCCGCUGUCUUUAAAGCCCAAUCCAGCCAGGUUUUGCACCAGGAACCUUUCGUUCCCAAGAAGGACAGCAAGAUGCUUUCAGCACCGGACAAUUUCGAGCUGGCCACCGAUCGACGGGCCAGGGAACGUCAGGAGUUUGAGAAGAGGUUAGCGGAACUGCAGGCGGAGAAGGCCCGGCUGCAGGAGGCCACUCGGCGGGUGGAGGAAGAACGGGCGAAGGAGGAGAUGGCCAAGCUUCGCGAAGAGCUGGUGCACAAGGCCAACCCCAUCCGCAAAUACGCCAGUGUGGAAAUCAAGGCCAGCGAACACCCACUGACCGUGCCACGCUCCCCCAAUUUCUCCGAUAGGUUUCAGCGUUGAGCCUUGAGGCCCGUCCGAGUGCCAAUGCCCCCCGAGGGCCAGGGAGAAGGGGGUCCUCCUUGGCGUUGAGAUUUUCCCCCCAUUUAGCUGACACACAGAUACGUCUUUUUUUCAGCCUGUGACUCGAGGCCUCGAGACUCAUUGCCAGUCCCUCCCCUCCGAAAAGACACCCCCAAUUUUAUCGUUUUAUCAUACCUUUGGAUGAGCCUUUGUAUUUAUCUGCAUUAAAUAAAAAAUAUAGAUGAGUAAAAUUCUA